CUCUCUCUCUCUCUCUCUUUGGGAGGAUUAUUUGUUUUGCCUCAGCGAAAGUCCGCACGAGAGCUUUAUAGGGAUUUUUUAGGAUGUUGUGUAAGAGGAAUUUGAGGUGUUUGGCUGGGUGUCUGGCUCUGCUGGGUGCUCUGGUGGGGCAUUUAUCCGGAGAGAUGCCCGGGAGAAGCCAGUUUCAGGUGGAGCGCAGUUCACAAGCCGCCGAAAGCCGAGUGAGGAGACGCGGCAAGCAGGAGUCCCUCAGAGGGCGAAAUGUGUGUGGAUCUCGUUUGCACUCCUACUGCUGUCCAGGGUGGAAGACUUUGCCUGGGGGCAACCAGUGUAUUGUGCCCAUAUGCCGUAACAGCUGUGGUGAAGGCUACUGUUCCAGGCCCAACAUGUGCACUUGCUCCACUGGUCAAAUUGCUCCUUCUUGUGCUGCCAAAACAUCUCAGCAGUGUAGCAUCAGAUGUAUGAAUGGAGGUGUGUGUGAAGGGGAUCACUGCCAGUGUCAGAAGGGUUACACAGGAAACUACUGUGGGCAGCCGGUAUGUGAAAAGAAGUGCCAGAAUGGAGGACGUUGCAUUGGGCCCAACCGGUGUGCAUGUGUGUAUGGGUUCACAGGUCCACAGUGUGAAAGAGAUUACCGAACAGGUCCAUGCUUUUCAAAGGUUGUGAACAAGAUGUGCCAGAGCCAGGUGAGUGGCAUUGUGUGCACUAAGACGCUGUGUUGUGCUACUGUUGGCCGAGCCUGGGGUCACCCGUGUGAAGAGUGCCCUGCUCAACCACAACCCUGCCUCAGAGGCUUCAUCCCCAGCAUCCGCACCGGAGCCUGCCAAGAUGUUGAUGAAUGCCAGGCUAUGCCAGGUCUGUGCCAAGGAGGAAACUGCAUCAACACAGUGGGCUCAUUCGAGUGCAAGUGUCCUGCUGGGCAUCGCCUGAAUGAUGGCACAAAUAAGUGUGAGGAUGUAGACGAAUGCACCACCAUUCCACAUGUGUGUGAAGGAGGACAAUGCACCAACUCAGUUGGUAGUUUCUCCUGUGCGUGUCCAUCUGGAUACGUGCUGUCCGCCGACAAGACCCGAUGCUUUGGCCAGCACAAAGGUUCUUGCUUUGCAGCUGUGUUGAGUGGACGCUGUGCUCAUGAGUUGUCUGGGCGCCACACUAAAGUGCAGUGCUGUUGUGACCGUGGCCACUGCUGGGCCCGAGGGACAGUGCCAGAGAUAUGUCCUAGCCGUAGAUCUGAUGAAUUCCACAGGAUGUGUUUAGAAGGAGGAUAUCCAGAUGUGGAUCCUGGCAUUAGAGGGGACAGAGUGCCUCAGCAGCCCUAUGGACAUGAUGGCCAACCACUUUAUCCAACAAAUGGGAAUGGUCCUGUAUAUCCAGAGCUUCCGCAGAUCCCUCAAAUCCCACAAAUCCCUCAAAUCCCUCAAAUCCCUUAUAUUCCCAAUAAUGGGCAGGGUCAUGGAAAUGGACAAAGACCACACGGACCUGUAGUUAGUUUAAAUCAGACGACAAACAAAUGCCUGCUGAUGCCAAACUUGUGUCUUAAUGGUCACUGUAUCCCAGUGGGGUUUGGCCACCGCUGUGAGUGUAACAUCGGCUACCAAGUGGACAGUCAAACGGAGUGCUCAGAUAUAGAUGAAUGUGCUUCUGACCCAUGUGCAAACGGAGACUGUGUGAACACUGCCGGCUCUUACUACUGCAAGUGUCAUACAGGCUUUCACAGGCCGCCAGGCAAGCAGACCUGCUUUGACACUGACGAAUGUCUGCAUAACGGCAUGCUUUGUCAGAACGGCCGCUGUCUGAACAUGGCGGGCAGCUUCCAGUGCAUCUGCAAUUCAGGCUUCCAGCUAACACCGGAUGGCAGGAACUGUAUGGACCAUGACGAAUGUUCCAUAACAAACAUGUGUUUGAACGGCAUGUGCAUCAACGAAGACGGCAGCUUUAAAUGUGUGUGCAAACCUGGUUUCACGCUCGCCUCUAGCGGUCGCUACUGCACAGAUAUUGAUGAGUGCUUGACCCCUGGGAUCUGCAUUAAUGGGCGGUGUGUAAACACAGAAGGGUCUUACAGGUGUGAGUGCUUGGCAGGACUGGCUGUUGGGCCUGACGGACGUUCAUGUGUGGACACACACAUGCGCAGCACCUGCUAUGGAGCUAUUAAAAAGGGGGUGUGUGUUCACCCUUUCCAUGUAGCAGUCACCAAAUCAGUGUGCUGCUGUGCUAGCACAGACUACAGCUUUGGGGAGCCCUGCCAACCGUGCCCUGGCCUAAAUUCAGCGGAAUUCAAUGCCUUGUGUCAAAGCGGGAUUGGAUUUUCAGUUGACGGAACAGACAUUAAUGAGUGUGCACUGGAUCCUGAUAUCUGCUCUAAUGGAGUAUGUGAGAAUCUGAGAGGAGGCUACCGCUGUAUCUGCAACACAGGCUAUGAGACUGACCAGAGUGGCCGGGCCUGUCUUGAUGUUGAUGAAUGCCUGGUGAACAGACUGCUCUGUGAUAAUGGAUUGUGUAGGAACGUUCCAGGUAGCUACACCUGUACAUGUCCCCUGGGUUAUGUCUUCAGAGAGGACACAGAUACAUGUGAAGACCUGAAUGAAUGCAAUAGCAGUCCAUGUAUUAAUGGAGUGUGUAAGAACAAUGCAGGCUCUUUCUCAUGUGUAUGCUCUCCUGGCAGCGUACUUGAUCGAACUGGCCUAAUUUGCAUCGACUCUCUAAAGGCGACAUGCUGGAUGAACAUCCAAGAAGGCCGGUGCGAGGUGAAUAUAAAUGGCGCCACUUUGAGAUCUGAGUGCUGUGCCACGCUGGGAGCUGCAUGGGGAAGUCCCUGUGAGCCAUGUGAGAGGGAUCUUAUCUGUCAAAGAGGCUUCACGCGACCAAGAGGGACUCUUUGUGAAGACGUUAAUGAAUGCGAGGUGUUUCCUGGUGUGUGUCUGAAUGGACGGUGUGUGAACACACAAGGCUCCUUUAAGUGCCAGUGUCCUGAAGGACUGACACUGGACGGCACUGGACGCCUCUGUAUCGACAUUCGCUCAGAGCUUUGCUACCUGACCUAUGAUGAGGACAUGUGUGGUCAGCCAGUGCCUGGAAGAUUCAGGAUGGAUGUAUGCUGCUGCACAGUCGGAGCUGCCUGGGGAAAGGAGUGUGAGGCGUGCCCUGAGCCUGGCACACGCGAGUAUGAAACGCUGUGUCCUAGAGGACCUGGCUUUGCCAACCGUGGGGACAUACUUCCAGGCAGACCUAUGUAUAAAGACAUUAACGAAUGUAAAGUGUUCCCCAGUAUUUGUACACACGGAAUAUGCCGGAACACGAUCGGGAGCUUCAGAUGUCGCUGUAAUAGCGGGUUUACUCUGGAUACGGAUGGACGUAACUGCACAGACAUCGAAGAGUGUCAGAUCUCCCCUGACCUGUGUGGACACGGGAUGUGUGUGAACACGCCAGGCGGUUUCGAGUGUGACUGCUUGCCAGGUUAUGAGAGUGGCUUCAUGAUGAUGAAGAACUGCAUGGAUAUUGACGAGUGUGAGCGGAAUCCUGCACUGUGUCGCGGAGGCUCCUGUGAGAACACAGAAGGUAGUUACCAAUGUGUGUGUCCACCUGGCCAUCAGUUAUCUGAGGGUGCGGAGGCAUGUGAAGAUGUUAACGAGUGUGAACUAAGUGCUACUCUGUGCCCCAACGGGGAGUGUGUGAAUGUGGCUGGCACUUACCACUGCUCUUGUUUUUCUGGAUUCCAGUCAAUCCCAGACAGAAAAGGGUGCACAGACAUAGAUGAGUGCACCAUUGAGAAUGGAGGCUGUGACUUCCACUGCACUAACUCAGAGGGCAGCUACAGCUGCAGCUGUGGUCAGGGAUAUGCCCUAAUGCCAGAUCAGAGAACCUGUACAGAUGUGGACGAAUGUGAAGAAGAGCCUGAUAUAUGUGAUGGUGGUCAGUGUACUAAUGUUCCUGGAGAGUACCACUGUGAUUGUUACGAUGGAUACACGUCUUCCAUGAUCACAAAAACUUGUCUAGAUGUGAACGAGUGUGAGGUCAGUGCCAACAUCUGCAUGUUUGGAGAGUGCGAGAACACCAAGGGCUCAUUCAUCUGCCAUUGUGAGGUUGGCUACUCUGUGAAAAAGGGUUCGUCAGGCUGCACAGAUGUUGAUGAGUGUAAGAUCAAUGCCCACAACUGUGCCAUACAUGCCACCUGUGUUAACACCCCUGGAAGCUUUCAGUGCUCCUGCAAAGAGGGAUGGGUAGGCAAUGGAGUGAAAUGUGUUGAUGUGGAUGAAUGCACCAAUCAGACCCACAGGUGCAGUCCUAAUGCUAAGUGUACGAACACACCCGGCUCUUACCGCUGUGCCUGCUCAAAGGGGUUUAAAGGCGACGGCUUUACCUGCCUAGACAUAGACGAGUGUACUGACAAUGCUGAGCUAUGUGAGAACGGCCAGUGUCUAAACAUCCCAGGAGGAUAUCGCUGUGACUGUGAGAUGGGCUUCACUCCAACCCCUGACAGCAGAGCUUGCCAAGAUAUCGAUGAGUGCUCCUUUCAGCAACUCUGUGUAUUUGGUACAUGUAAAAACCUCCCUGGCAUGUUCCACUGCAUCUGUGACGAGGGCUAUGAGUUAGACCGAUCAGGGGGCAACUGCACAGAUGUUGAUGAAUGCUUGGACCCUAUAAACUGUGUGAACGGACACUGUGUGAACACACCAGGCUCUUAUGAAUGUAACUGCCCUACAGACUACGAACUUAACCCAACUGGAGUCGGUUGUGUUGGUGUGUAUGUCUAUUGCUGUAUUAUCAUUGCUGAAGGUCAACUUGACAAGGUCAUCUUGUGUUUUAGCAUUAAUCUUCGUUCUUAUUUACUUCCGUUGUUAGAUCCACGUGUAGGGACCUGUUUUCUGGAAGUGUUGAAGCGUGGGCAUGCUGGCCUGGCCUGUAGUGUGGAGGUGGGCGUUGGGGUCAGUCGCUCAUCCUGCUGCUGCUCCUUGGGCCGAGCCUGGGGAAACCCCUGUGAAUUCUGCCCUCCUGUCAACUCCUCGGACUAUAACACACUGUGUCCAGGAGGAGAGGGAUUCAGGCCCAACCUAAUUACUAUUAUACUGGAGGACAUUGAUGAGUGUCAGGAGCUUCCUGGUCUGUGCCAGGGUGGAAACUGUAUCAACACUUUUGGCAGCUUCCAGUGUGACUGUCCAAAAGGCUACUACCUCAAUGCAGACAGCCGUAUUUGUGAGGAUAUUGAUGAGUGUUUGGUGAAUCCUGGGAUCUGUGGUCCAGGCACAUGCUAUAACACACUGGGCAAUUACACUUGUGUGUGUCCUCAGGAUUACAUGCAGGUCAAUGGAGGCAAUAAGUGCAUGGACAUGAGGAAAGGACUUUGCUUUCGCAACUACAAUGGCACCACAUGUGAGAAUGAGCUGUCCUUCAACAUUACGCACCGCAUCUGCUGCUGUGGCUACAACAUGGGCAAAGCCUGGAACAAACCCUGUCAGGCAUGUCCCAUACCAGGCACUGAGGGCUUUCACACUCUUUGUGGAAAUAUUGCACCAGGGUUUGAAAUUAACAUUGAAACUGGAAAACCAGUGGAUAUUGAUGAGUGUCGGGAGAUUCCAGGGAUCUGUGCCAACGGUGUAUGCAUCAACCAUAUUGGAAGUUUUCACUGUGAAUGUCCAAGAGGAUUCAGCUACAAUGAUUUGCUACUUAUAUGUGAAGACAACGAUGAGUGUAGUGGUUCAGAGAUCUUGUGCCAGAGGAAUGCAGACUGUAUUAACAGUCCUGGCAGCUAUCGCUGUGAGUGCUCGGACGGCUUCAAGCUCUCACCCGUUGGAGCCUGUAUAGACCGAAACGAGUGUUUGGAAACCCCCAACCUUUGCAGUCAUGGCAAGUGUGUGGACAUCCAAGGUGGCUAUAUGUGUACAUGCCAUGCUGGCUUCAUGGCCACCCCCAGUGGCAAGAUGUGCAUGGACAUUGAUGAGUGUGUGCAUCAGCCUUGUAGAAAUGGCUCAUGUAAGAACACUGUGGGAUCCUACAACUGCCUCUGCCACCCGGGCUUUGAGCUCACUCUAAAUAACCAGUGCACAGAUAUCGAUGAAUGUUCAGCAGCAUAUGGUCAGCUGUGCAGAAAUGGCCAUUGCAUUAACAGUAUUGGCUCCUUCCAAUGCCUGUGUGAGGAUGGCUAUGAUCUCACCCAGGAUGGGAAGAAAUGUGUUGAUGUGAAUGAGUGUAUAAUGUUACCUGGAAUAUGUGCUCCUGGAACAUGCCAUAACUUGGACGGCUCUUUUCGCUGUAUCUGUCCACCUGGUUACAUUGUACAGAGCAACCACUGUGUAGAUGAGAAUGAGUGUGAUGAGGACCCCAACAUCUGUCUGUUUGGCUCCUGCUACAAUAACCCAGGCAGCUUCAUAUGUGUGUGCAAACCAGGCUUUGUUCUCUCAGAAAGUGGACGGCGGUGUUAUGACACAAGAGAGAGCUUUUGCUUCACCCGCUUUGAGAAUGGAAAAUGCUCCAACCCUCAGGCAUUCAACACCACCAAAGACAAGUGCUGCUGUAGCACCAUGUCCAAGGAGGGCUGGGGCUACCCCUGUGAGCUCUGCCCCAAAGAGCAUGAUGCUGGAUUUCAGGACCUGUGUCCUUUUGGUUAUGGAAUCAUUCCGGGGAUUGGGGAUACAAUCAUUGAUCUGAACGAAUGCGUGGAGAACCCAGGCAUUUGUCACAACGGCCACUGCAUCAACACCGAUGGCUCGUUCCGCUGCGAGUGUUCUACAGGCUACACGCUCGAUUACACUGGAAUGCAUUGUGUUGAUAUUGAUGAGUGUGCAGUGGGGAAUCCAUGUGGAAACGGUACUUGCGCUAAUGUGAUGGGAAGCUUUGAGUGCAACUGUGAGGAAGGUUUUGAGCCAGGGCCCAUGAUGACAUGUGAAGAUAUAAAUGAAUGUGCACAGAACCCUUUGCUCUGUGCGUUCCGCUGCAUCAAUACGUUUGGAGGAUAUGAGUGCUCCUGUCCGUCUGGAUACACACUCCGACAUGAUGGGAGAAUGUGUCAGGACCUGGAUGAGUGUGCAGAGGGUUUACAUGACUGUGACACCAGGGGUAUGAACUGUAAGAACCUCAUCGGAACCUUCAUGUGCGUGUGUCCUCCUGGAUUAGUGCGCAAGAUGGAUGACGAAGUGUGUCAUGAUGAGAACGAGUGCCGCACUCAGCCAGGUAUUUGUGAGAAUGGCCGCUGUGUGAACACUAUAGGCAGUUACGUGUGUGAGUGUGGAGAAGGCUUCCAGCCUGACUCUACACACACUCAGUGCCUUGACCACAGACGAGGCUUCUGUUUCACGGAGGUGCUGCAGACCAUGUGUCAGAUGUCCUCUAGCAGCAGAAUACCCAGCACCAAAUCCCAGUGCUGCUGCGAAAGUGGGCGUGGCUGGGGGAACCAGUGCGAACUCUGUCCCCUGCCAGGCACUGCCAAGUACAAGAAACUGUGUCCACACGGGCCCGGCUAUGCCACAGAUGGCACAGAUAUAGAUGAGUGUAAGGUCAUACCAGAUGUGUGUAAGAAUGGCCAGUGUAUCAACACUAUGGGUUCCUUUCAAUGUCACUGUAAUCCAGGCUACACAGUCAUCAUUACAGGCACUGCUUGUGUUGACUUGGAUGAAUGUGUAAUGUCCCCAAAGCCAUGCAACUUUAUCUGCAAGAACACAGAGGGUAGCUAUGUGUGCUCCUGUCCACGUGGUUAUAUCUUGCAAGAGGAUGGCAGAACAUGUAAAGAUUUGGACGAAUGCCAGUUAAAGAGGCACAACUGCCAGUUUAUGUGUAUUAACACCAUCGGUGGCUUCGCUUGCAAAUGCCCUCCGGGCUUUAAGCAACACCACACUGCCUGCAUGGAUAAUAACGAGUGUGCAGUAGAGCCCAGUCUGUGUGGAGCUAAGGGCAUCUGCCAGAACUCACCAGGCAGCUUUAGCUGUGAAUGCCAGCAAGGAUUCAGCCUGGACUCUACUGGCCUGCAAUGUGAAGAUAUUGAUGAGUGUACAAGUAAUCAUAGAUGUCAGUAUGGUUGUGACAACAUGUCAGGGGGGUACCGCUGCAGUUGUCCCCAAGGCUACACCCAGCACUACCAGUGGAACCAGUGUGUUGAUGAGAAUGAGUGCUCCACUCCUGGCACCUGUGGCUCAGCGUCAUGUUACAACACAUUGGGCAGCUUCAAGUGUGCCUGUCCGCCUGGAUUCAACUUCGAGCAGCUCUCCAGCAGCUGCCAGGACGUGGAUGAGUGCGGCUCCUUUAAAAACCCCUGCAGCUACGGCUGCUCCAACACCCAAGGAGGCUAUACAUGCGGCUGUCCUCCUGGAUACUACAGGGUCGGCCAAGGGCACUGUGUUUCAGGUCUGGGCUUUGGAAAGGGUCAGCUGGGAUCUGUCAGUGCAGCUAGUACAGCAGAGGAUAAUAGACUCGCUCCUGAAGACUGCUAUGAUUGCAAUGUCAACAGUCCACAUAAGAAAGGAAUCCGGAAGAGACACACCAUCCAGCAAACAGAGCCAGAGGAGGAAGCUCCAGUUAUCCUGGACAGCGUGGACAUGGAGCAGCCUCUGCUAGUGGUGCUCAACAUAUCCCAAUGCAACAACAAAGAGCACAUCCUGGAGCUGGUGCCUGCCAUCAGACCUCUCAUUCAUCACGUCACUUAUAACAUCACAGAAGGCAAUCAGGGUGAAAUAUUCCAACUCCGGCAGCGUGAGGAGCUCACCUACCUGCACUGCAUACCUGAGAAAGCUAUUCCAGGAUUUUAUAUUUUGAUGAUCAGCAGUUCUCCACUUUAUGAUCAUGCAGAGCUGCUGCAGUUAGAGGACAACAGGGACAGAGACUACCUCUCAGGUGAGCUAGGACAGAACCUGCACAUGAAGCUGCACAUUACAUUACAGUAAAGCAGCACUGUGUGUCACUCUCAUACCAAAAACCAGCAGCUCUCAUUCUGAAUGAAUACACCAGCAGUAGGUUUGAUAUAUCAGUGUUUGGCGGGCAAUAAGAUAUUUUUUUUGUUGUUGUUUUACACAAGUGCCUGCAGUAUACCUACAGUGAUAUUUCAUUGUGCUUUUCUAAAAUGUAAAUGAACUCUAUUUACGGGUCACACCUUCCAUAAAGAAGGAGCCAAAGCUAAAACUGUAGACAUGGUCUCAUCCAAUUCAAUCAUUCUGGUGCAGCUUCAACAUCAGGUAAAGGCACGUCUUUAAAAUGGCUGUAUUCUUUUAAAAAUGGUGACAGGAUAUAUAAUGGAUAUAUAAUGGUUAUUAAUGUAAUAUUAUCCAUAAAAGUGUGACAGUUGAACACUCCUAUUCAAAGUGUAU